AUGUUCAAAAAAUUUAACAUCAAAGAAGAUAUAGCAACUAGAUCUUUAGUGAAAUCUUCAGUACAAAGAAAUAUUCGUUCUAAAAUUUUAGAACAAUAUAAUAGAUUAGAACCAGUAAUAGACGAAGUGUUACCAAAAAAAUCAUCUUUGAUUUUAGUGAAAUGUCAUGAACAUAUUAAUUUAUUAACAGUGAAUAAUGAAAUAUUAUUUUUUCAACAUUUUGAUGGACCUUAUUAUCCAACUUUAAGGUUACUUCAUAAAUAUCCUCAUGCAUUUCCAAGAGUACAAGUAGAUAAAGGAGCGACAAAAAGAAUUUUAUCAGGAGCAAAUAUUAUGUGUCCAGGAUUAACAAGUAAAGGUGCAAGAUUGGAAGAAGCUUUACCCGCGAACACUAUUGUUGGAGUAUUUGCUGAAGGUAAAGAACAUGCUCUUGCUAUUGGUUUAACUAAAAUGUCAACUGAUGAUAUUAAAAAUAUAAAUAAGGAUAUUGGAGUUGAAAAUAUUCAUUAUUUAAAUGAUCCAUUAUGGAAAAGUAGCAUUGAGUCUUAA